AUGACGCCCUGCUGGACGUCAACGCGCGCGUGUGCGUCAUCGUGCGUCGCGCGGCGUCGGACUGAUUAUUUCCAUCACAGCGUCUCUCAAAGUCGUGAUGUUUUCGGCUCCAAGAAGAUGAAACACUGGGGGACACGGACGGAGAGCGGUGUCUCAUCGUCUCAUCGACGCAUCUCGCGCUCGGCGUCGUCGAACGAGCCGUCGUCGUCGGAAUCAAAGGGCGAUGCGUUCGCCCUCGCGGGGUUCUUCUUGGGCGCGCCCGCGAUCGCGACGCUGAUCGAUCCGUGCAAGCUCGUGCGCGACGGUCUCGGGUUGACGUGCGCGUCGCCCGCGUUCGGCGAAAACUUCGAGAACGCGUCGCAGGUGCAGCAUUUUGCGAACGCAUUCGGAACGGAGGCGUUUGCUUUAGUCGCCCUCGCCGGGUUGUACACUUUAAAGGACGCGGCGGAGAACGAUAGGUUGAAGUCUGAGACGUAUCAGAGGUUGGCGCUGGCGAUGGUGCUGUAUUCGGGAAGUCUGAUGGUGGCGUUUGGUGGUGCUUUCGCGCAGGCGGUAGCGACGGGAGAGGUCGGUCCGAGCGCAGUGGCGGUCGGUGCGGUGGUUGCGUCGUUGACGCCGGCGGGUUACAGUGGGUACAAGGCGAUCAAAGAGUUUGGUCCCGGGCACAACGCAACUUGGGAGCGCAUAGGGAAGGAUUUCGAUAGCGUGAAGCAGCUCGGCAAAAACAGCGAGAAGGGCGGUAAACUGGAACUCUUUUAUAAGGCGAGCUUUUGGAGCAGCCUCAUUGUGGGUGGUUCCUUCGCCUUCAGCCCUCUCUCGCCUCUGGCGAUCAUGAACGAGACAGCGCCGUCGGCGCAGUUGAUUCAGCGCGCGUUCGGCUUGGCGACGUGUUUCUUAUUGGCGCCGACGCAGUACGUCUUGGUAGACGCUGCGAGUCGCGGUCGUCUCGGCGGCGGUACGUUCAAGAAGCUCAACCUCAGUAUCGCCGUCGCCAUCGCGCUCGUCGACUGGAUGACCAUCUACACUUUCACCGUCCUCUCCUCCCUCGCCCCGGCUGAGCAAACGCUCGAAUCCGCGAGCGGCGGUCUUCCAAACUACUACGGUGCCCUCGUCGUCUCCGGCGCGAUCGUCGCCGUCUACCUCUACCAAGGCCUCUUCGCCAAAAAGUAA